UCUCUGUCCAGAAGAGCGCAGUCCUAGGAACAGCUAAGAUACUGCGCAGGACCCUCAAGCUCCCAGGCUCCGAGAGAGAGAAAAAGAGAGAGAGACUAUAGUGUUAAUACAGCUUGACGCCAUCCUGGCUGUUUCUCCUGGAAAAAAGCAAUGACUGUUUUCACGGGCUGUGAUUGCGAUAAUUUAAUGCGAAGCCAAUUUUACGUAAUACUCUGCAGUUUGGUGCCGAUAUCUGCGCUUCUGCUGACCAGCGAUGCUGACGCUCUCCAGGUGAUUGGUGGAAGUGUGACAGCAGUUCAAGGAGGUACCGCUAUCUUACCGUGUUAUGUCAUUGAUACCAAUGAUGACCUGACACAGAUUUCCUGGCAGAGGAAGACGAGAGAAAAACCUCGCAAUGACAAUUUCCUAACUAUCUUACCCAGAGAGGGAGCGCAGUUUGUCAAUGGAGAUGAUGAUCGAUUUAAAUAUAUUGGGAAUUUUAAUGACAAAAAUGGAACUCUCCAGUUAUCCAAUGUUGCCCUGAAGGAUGAAGGCAGCUACACGUGCAUCUUCACCUUUUUUCCAAGUGGAAAUCAGAAGACAGAUAUACCUCUAAAAUUGUUUGUGCCUCCAUUCACAAGCGUGAAGGACAAUCUUCCCACUUUGGGCACAGAAGAGGUUUUAUUUGCUACCUGCACGGCUGCUGGAUCGAAGCCUCCUGCUGAGGUGAGGUGGCUCACUGGUGCUUUGGGAGACAAAGUGAAGACGACAACAAACUCCACACAGUAUGACAACGAUACAACUACCACAGUCAGCUCAUUGUUUGGUGUUCCUACGAGAGAGAUUAACGGUCACCAGGUCCAGUGUGUCAUCAGCGGUGACUCCCUGUCUAAAGAAGAAACCCUCCCCUUCACCAUACAGGUCUACUUUUCUCCCACAGAAGUGAACAUUAAGAAGAUUUCAGAGGACUCAUUUGAGUGUGUGACAGAAGCCAACCCGAAUGCAAAAUUUACCUGGAGCAGAUCUGGCCAGCCUUUGCCACAGCCUGGUGUCAAAGUAGAGGGUGCAAAGCUACAACUGCUGAGCCUGACCUCUGAUCUAAAUGGCCUCUAUCGGUGUGAAGCAUCCAACACAUAUGGAAAAAAACACGGUCAGCUCUAUGUGCAUGUGGUAUCAGUAGGAGCAUCCGCUGCUGCUUGGGCCUUAUUUGGUGUUUUGCUUUCCUUGAAUGUUGUUGGGGCUGCAGUAUGGUACUUUUAUAAACUUCAAAGUGGUGGGCAGCCAUAAGCCAGAGGAGCAAAAUAUGAGCAACCAGAACACGGAGAACAUCAACAACAAGACUGAGCAAUCUGUCUGACAGCUGUGGAAGAAAAGGAUAAACAUUUGAACAGAAGGCUCCACCGACAGACCUGAAGAACAGGUGUAGGUACAGUUUGAGAUCUGUACUUGUGUUUCCACCAACAGUUUAAACUGCUUUCAUCAGCAGUUAAAAGUGCUUGCAGCAGUAGUAAGUAUAUAGUCAUUGUAAUUUGAUAAUUGCUUGUUUCCACGUCUGCUUAUUAGAAGAAAGUCUGGGAGGCUAAGUUGAGCUCUUUACUGUGAUGUGUUGUGAUGUGUUGUGCACUGAUGCACAUACUAUGGUAAUAAAUGUAAGUAAAAAUAAUAAAAGUACACAUUUUGCUCCCUACAGUCCUUCCUUCUGGGUAACGAUGGAAGUUUUUAAGUUUAUAAUAUCCAGUUUAUCGAUAUUGAAGUUAAUUUCUCAUCUGUUGUUGCCCUAUGGAAUUAUAUUUAUGUCAUAACAUAUCCGCAAGCAAAAACAUAAUCCGAGCAAAUUAUUCAAUUUCUUUUUCACACUGCAGACCACAGAGAAACGCCACAGACUUAUCUGCUGUGUGUUGUCACUGCUCAAAUAGUUUUUGUACAGUUUUAUUUAAAUUGUUUUAGUUUUUCUUUGCUAAACUUAUAUAUUUAUUUAAAAUCUUAAUAGUCCAUAAAGAGACUAGCAAGAGAAAUAUUUAAAAAUACUAUUAAAUAUCUGCAUUUAAAUAUACGUCAAAUUUUACUCAAUUUUUUGAGUCAUUAAAGUGCACACCACAAUUUAUAAGUUGAUUUAUACUUCAUAUUAAUCUCAUUCUGCUACAUUGGAUUAGAGUUCAUAAUGUAAUAUUUGCAUUUGUGUAGUUAUUCUUUUAUGAAUAGGCCUUAAUCAAAAAAUCAGUAUGAAAGAUUUGAUCUGUGCUACACAUCAGUCUUGAGGAUUUAUUGGCUUUUCGAAAGCGUAGUUUGCCAGUUUAACUGCAGCUGUUAUUGCUAUUGUGCACCAGUGGGUGUGCUGAUUUAUCUUGGCCUUUACUUUAUUACUGAAAAACAUCUUAAAAAUGUCAGAAUUCUGGGGCAUGUUUUGAAGAAGUCCCGUCCAGUCAAGUAUGUGCAGUUACAUGUGUUUGCUGCAGACUAAGCAAUGUUUUGUUGGCGGGUUUAAACGUCUGUAUUUUGGCUUAUAAUAGCCAGAUUCUGAUGCACACUUCCUUUCCUGUAUCCCGUUUUUUUUUUAAAUUUUUAAAUCAUAGAAGCUUCAUGAUACUGUAUAAUGGAUUAAUGGGACAGCAGUGCAGAGGCUUCUGAACUUGCAUUAGAAUCCUCGGGUUUAAAAUAUUUCUUCAACAUUAAAGUAAUCCAGUGACAGUUGUCAGUAUUUCCACUGCUGCACAGCAACGAAUCGCUGUUAAUUCAUAAUUAAUUCAGCAAACAUUGUUUUUCAGAUGGUAAAUAAAUACAGUUUAAAACAGUGUUUCUGUCAUUGCGACAGUAUAACUCAGUUUAACGCAUAACCUGAAGUGUCCAUCAAAGUGACCAAUCAUAUUAGGACUUUGUCCUCGUUUGGGAUCCGGACAAUCCAGAAAGUCAAAAGCAAGUUUAUUUGGGCGAGCAGGAUUUAUCUCCAAACGCAGAGAGCUACUUGCGAGCAUGGAAAACUAUAGCAGCGAGUGCAAAGCAAACAGUUUUGCUUUGCUUUUUAUGAAUAUCAGUUUGUCCAGUUGAGAAGCAUAAACCAAUGAAAGUGACAACAGGUAAACUGAAAAAGCAACAACAAGACACCUUGAAACAGGCAAGGUUUUGCCAUGGCUGAGGGGCCAGACCAAGUGCAAUUCAAUAAAUCAAGGGCCAAGUUACGUCACCAAGACCUCAGUUUCGUGGGCCUCAUCUUGGAUGGAAUUUUAAACAAAUGCUCUGAAUUGUCGAUCAGAAAGCAAAUUGGAGAAUUAUUUGAGAGUCAGAUGGAAGUUGAUGCAUGUGCAUGAACAGUCUGUCUGGCCAUGCUGAUUAAUGAUCUGGCUGAUAAGAAUGUGACAGUUUUGAUAACAUGAGCCGUAAAAUGACAAAAUGAUUUCAACCCUGGACAACUAGAACAUCCAUAUCAACAUCUUGAAAAGAAAAUGCUAGAAUAAAGAGCAGUUUUUCUGCUGUUUAAGUGUUUCCUUAUUUAUCUAUUUAUUUUUAUUAAAUGUGUUUUGUUUCUCAAAAUGGAUGGAAUUAUGAAAACAAAAGAGUGUUGUUACGAUUUUUUGUAAUUUUUUUUUAAAUGAACUAUGUCAGGGUUUCUGGGUCGUUGACCCAGUAUUUUUAGUUCAUGUUUACUGUUUAUCUUCUGCCUGUUUCACUUCCUGUUUUAUUGUGUUAGCCUUGGUCUGUGUGCAUUAUGUUCAGUCCUCUUCCCAUGUACCAUUAGUUCAUUAUGUUCAGCUGUGUACUCAUCGGUUUCUAAUCACUCAUCACCCAGCCUGUGUAUUUAUGUUCCUCAGUUCAACCAGUCCAGUGUCGUGUCAUUGAUGUUAAUGUGGAUGUUGUCACUACUGUCCAGUCCUUGCUUUCGCCUUUCACUCAGAUCAGUCAGCCGUUCUUUCAGUUCAGUUAUUCAGUUAGUCAGCCAUCUCCUGUUCUUGCCAUUUGUCCCUCACAAUAAACACCCUGAACCUUCA